GGGGAUCCUGGCAAAGUGGACACGGUCACGGAGGAAGAACACGAAAAAAGAUCAUAUCACUGCUUACACUUCUAGUUUAGAUUGGUAGCGGGCGUCUGCAAGGACGAAAGCCAAGAAAGGAGUUAGAAGGAAGAGAAGGAAGCCACGAGCUUACCAGCGAAGAUGAGGUUUGACGGCCCGACGGUGGCUCUCCUGGCGGACAAUGCCGGCUUUGGAGCUAUGGGUCUUUCCGACCUCGCAAACAUUCCAAUGUCGGCGUCGCGGCUCAUCAACAGGGGCGCUCCAGGCAUGCCGCCUCAGAUGAAGAACUCUUUCACUUCUCCUGGACUCUCGCUCGGCCUGCAGCAGCCAAACUGUCCGGAGAUGCAGCUGGAGUCCAAGCCGGCUCCCGAUGGCGAGCUCGGUGUCAAGAGCAAGAGCAAGGAGGAUGAGAACGAGAGCCGGUCCGGCAGCGGCAGCGAGAACAUGGGAAACGCGUCGGGUGACGAGCAGGAACCGCCGAGGAAGAAGCGCUAUCAUCGUCACACUGCAAGGCAGAUUCAAGAGAUGGAAUCGUUGUUCAAGGAGUGUCCUCAUCCCGACGAUAAGCAGCGCCAGGAGCUGAGCCGGGAGCUAGGACUGGAGCCUCGGCAAGUCAAGUUCUGGUUCCAGAAUCGCCGCACGCAGCUCAAGGCCCAGCAGGAGCGAGCGGAGAACAACGUUUUGCGCCACGAGGUGGAGAAGCUCCGCGCUGAAAACAUCACCAUGCGCGAGGCGAUACGCAAUGCAUCGUGUCCAAACUGCGGAGGCCCUGCAACUCUGCGAGAGAUGUCCUUCGAAGAGCAGCACCUGCGAAUCGAGAACGCUUGCUUGAAGGACGAGCUCGAUCGAGUGUCUGCUGUCGCUGCAAAGCUUUUUGGACGAUCAGUACCGCCGAUGGUUUCCCAACAAGCUCCACAGUUUUCCGGAUCGUCUCUAAACCUUUCCAUCCAGGGUGCUGCAGGGAGCAAUCCGAUGUCUCCUCCAGCACAGGUGGCUGGAUUACUUUCAGCGCCACCAUCAGGAGUCGAGGAGCUUUCGAACUCCAACAAUCUUAGCACCAACAAAUCUGUUGUCCUGAGCGACGUCGAGAAGAACAGCGUCCUUGACCUGGCAGUCAUGGCAAUGGAUGAGCUCGUCCAGCUCGCACAGCCUGACUCGCCGGUGUGGAUCCCAAGCCCGGACGCCUCCAAGGAGGUGCUUAACUACGACGAGUACGUUCGCCAGUUUCCAAAGUUCGUCGAAAGCAAGCAGUAUGGUUUCAAGACCGAUGCCACUCGCGAUGAUGGGCUUGUGAUGAUGAACGCCGCGAGCUUGGUCGAAGUUCUCAUGGAUCCGGCGAAGUGGAUGGAGAUGUUUUGCACGAACGUUUCAAAAGCACUGACGCUGGAAGUUAUCUCUUGUGCUCCCGGUAGUUUAAGUGGAACACUGCAGCUGAUGUAUGCCGAGAUCCAAGCUCUCUCCCCGCUGAUGCAGACCAGGGAAGUUUACUUCCUUCGUUACUGCAAGCAGCAUCAGGACAGCACCUGGGCCGUGGUUGACGUCUCCGUCGAUGGUCUCCAUGGAACGCCAUCCCCAGCUUCGCUGCAUUGCCGACGCUCUCCAUCGGGAAUGCUAAUCCAAGACAUGCCGGAUUCUAUCCACGACAUGCCAAACGGCUGCUCCAAGGUUGUUGUCGUGGAACAUAUGGAGUACGACGACCAGCCCGUCCAUCAGCUCUUUAAAUCCUUGGUGAGUAGCGGUGGAGCCUUCGGUGCGCGGAAGUGGCUGGCCACUCUCCAGCGUCAGUGCGAAGCACUGACUUGCUAUCUCCCGGGUCUCGCUUCAGCUCGAGAAAUCGGAGUGAUUCCAAACUCUCCUGCUCGCCAGUCCCUGCUCAAGCUCUCGCAGCGCAUGACCACUAACUUCUGCGCCGGCGUUGGUGCUCCGAGCAGCCAGUGGACAACACUCUCUGGCAGCGUUCACGACGAUAUCCGUGUCAUGACGCGCAAGAGCGUCGACAACCCCGGCGAGCCCCACGGCAUAGUUCUCAGCGCUGCCACCACGCUCUGGCUCCCGUUGGCUCCAGCCCGAGUUUUUGACUAUCUCCGCAGCGAGCACCUCCGUAGCGAGUGGGAUAACAGUGGAAUGGUUCAGGAAGUAGCCCGCAUCGCCAAAGGCCAAGCCACCGGGAACGACGUCUCUCUCUUCCGGAUCGAUGCUCUCAACCAGACUCUCAACGCUAAUCAGAACCAGAUGCUCUUCCUCCAAGAGAGCUGCACUGAUACUUCCGGUUCCCUCGUCGUCUACGCCCCGGUGGAGCUCACCAUGAUCAAUAUGAUGAUUCAAGGCGGUGAUCCAGCUCACGUAGCUGUGCUCCCCUCGGGCUUCGUCAUCCUUCCCGACGGCUCGGAGCCGCACUCGACCACCAGCAUCCUCCAGAACGAUGCCACCGGCACUCUUCUCACCGUGGCCGUGCAAAUCCUCAUCAGCACCCUACCCUCGGCAAAGCUCUCACUGGAUUCCAUCGUCGCCAUCAACACCCUCAUCUCCAACACGGUCCAGAAGGUGAAAGGAGCACUGACGCCGAGCAACGAGCUCUAAAGUCUCAACCUUCGAAGAUCGCUUCCCUUCUUUCAGCUUCUCUCGUUUCCGUAAGUUUGUUUCUCGUCCUUCCCGUGAUCACGCCCCUCGUUUUGUCUCUUGAAGAAGUUUGUUGCCUUGAGGGGAUAUCAACCAUCCUGCUCGUCCUCUGGAGCACUGCGUUGAUUUCUCCCUCAGCAACAGGCAGAAACCUCCAUAGCCCCGUCCUUUUUGCCUGUGUUUUGUCUUUGACUUUUCGUUAUUUACUUACUAUCCAGCAGGGGAAAGUCAAGAACGCACCUCGGAAUUUCCUGCCUUUCACCGUGUUGUCUGCUGGCACGCAUUGCAGAGACACCACCUUGUAAGGCGAGUGGUUCGGGUAUUGACUUUCGUCCUCUCGUGUGUGCUCUUAAGUUAUGGAAAAUGAAAAACAAAAGACCCAAGUAUUAA